AUGGAACAUCAAUUAAUUGAUGUUACAACUCUAAGAAACAACGUUAAUAGUCGCAUCCAGGCCAAUGCAGAUAAACAGAAGCAGGCGUUUGACUCGAAAAGGAAAAUGGCGCACAUCUACAGCGUUGGUGAUUUAGUGGUCAUCAAAAUUCCCAGCCAAUCAAAUGAUGGGCAAAGCACUAAAUUAUUACCUGUUUUCAAAGGACCCUUUCAGGUGACUGAAGUACUAGGCCAUGAUCGUUACAAGGUAAAGGAUAUGCGUGGUGCUGAAAGGACAAACAAAUGCUACGAAGGGACUACGUGCGCUGAGAACAUGAAACCAUGGAUAAAGCUGACAGAGCUCAAUGCAGAGGGUUUGGAUUUGGCCCAAGAUGUUGUCAGAUUCAAACAGUCUCCCAUUACUGGCAUACCUUUAAACACUCAGGCUCUCCUGGGCUACGGGAAGAACUUCAGCGAGGCCACGUUUGGUUGCGGCGGCUCUCUCAUCAGCGAGAACUUCGUGCUCACGGCGGGACACUGCAUAGCCACCAGGACUCAGGAGAACGUAACAUUUGCUGUGUUUGGUAUACUACAACGUCAAGACGUGCCAAAAGUCUUGCCCGAAAAUAUUAGACAGUUCAAAAGGAUUGUGAAACAUCCACAUUUCAAACCACCUUCUGUAUACCAUGAUAUCGCUCUUCUGGAGUUGGAUGAACCAAUUGAGCUAAGCUACAAGGUGCGACCAGCGUGUCUUCACGUUGGCAAUGACAUCCAUGAUAUCAGAGCAUACGCCACGGGAUGGGGUGCUCUGGGCCAUAGGGGACCUAACGCUAAUGUUCUUCAGAAAGUUCCUCUUUGGAGAGUAAAGAACGAUGUCUGCAAAACCAAGUAUCCUCAUCAUAGGGUAGCUAUCAGAGGGUAUGAUAACACCACACAGAUGUGUUACGGAGACGAUGGUAUACCACGAGAUACUUGCAAGGGUGACAGCGGAGGACCUCUGCAAAUAUCAAAUGAAGAUGUGUAUUGUACCUACUUGAUAAUUGGAGUGACUUCUGUCGGGCUCAGCAAUUGUGCCCAAGUCGGGUACCCGGGUUUGUACACCCGGGUGGCUCAUUAUGUGCCUUGGAUUGAAAGUGUGGUUUGGCCUUAG